UGCCUCAUAACAUUACGUUGCAGCUUUACUUUUUUCCAAAAACAGUGUAGUGAAUGGUUUUACGAUCAUGUAACAGUAGGGUAUCUCCUCCAGCCAAUCGCCAUCGAAGUCUUCAGCGCGGAUGGAAGGAAUUACCUGCUGGCGUUCCCAAAGAAAAUGAGAGACCGUGUAUACGAAAAACUGCUUUCAAUGGCUAAGGGACUCACCUCUGGUGGCACUGAUUCUGUUGGAGGACAAAAGGCAAAUAUGGCGAUUGAGCAAAGUGGCAGAGCGUCAUUGAUAAACUCCAUCAUUGGCCAACAGUCUGUGACGCAACGUUGGUUGAAUGGACAAAUCACCAACUUCCAGUAUUUGAUGCAUCUGAACACCCUGGCUGGGAGAUCCUACAACGACUUAUCACAAUAUCCGGUCCUACCGUGGGUGCUUGCUGAUUAUACCUCGUCCACCCUGGACUUUACCAAUCCGAAGACUUUCCGAGAUUUGUCGAAGCCAAUGGGAGCGCAACACCCACAAAGGCUAGAGCAGUUCCUGAAAAGAUAUCGUGAAUGGGAUGAUCCAACUGGUGAAACACCACCUUAUAUGUAUGGAACACAUUAUUCAUCAGCUAUGAUUGUGGUGUCAUAUCUGGUCCGGUUAGAACCAUUUACUCAACAGUUCCUUAGUCUUCAGGGUGGUCACUUCGACUUAGCAGACCGAAUGUUUCAUAGUAUAGGCGACGCAUGGACUAGUGCUAGUAGGAAUAAUAUGGCCGAUGUAAAGGAGUUGAUUCCGGAAUUUUUCGUGCUCCCUGAGCUAUUGCUGAAUAAAAAUAGAUUCGACCUUGGUGUCAAACAGAAUGGGAUCGCUCUAGAUGAUGUGGUACUUCCUCCGUGGGCACAUGGAGACGCAAGAGAAUUUGUCAGAUUGCAUCGACAAGCUCUUGAAUGUGAUUAUGUGUCAUCGCAUCUCCACGAAUGGAUUGACCUUGUGUUUGGAUACAAACAAAAUGGAGAGGAGGCUGUUAAGGCCAACAAUCUCUUCCAUCAUUUAUUCUACGAAGGUAGUGUGGAUUUUGAGUCGAUUGUCGAUCCACUUACCCGAAAUGCGACUAUUGGUUUUGUGAACAACUUCGGUCAAAUUCCAACGCAACUUUUCAAGAAGCCGCAUCCACAGAAGAAAGUAAGUCCAGUAGAUGGGUUUUCCAACACACCUGGAGUGACAACACAGCGGCUGUUCUACCAUUGCCUCCACUCUUUGAAGCCACCUCAGAGUCCCAUAAAAGGUGAAUUCUUCUUAUCAUUGUCGCAACCAAGCGUCCAACCGUUACUGUUUUUAGAACUGCGAUCUGCCGUGGGUUCAAUAUACCAGAGCGAACGAACUGGUCUUGUUGUGCUGGAGCAGAAUAAAGUUCUGAUAGGAACAAACAAAUAUGUCGCUUGGGGCUUCCCGGAUCGGUCAUUACGCAUGGGACAAAUAGAUUCGGACAAGGUUGUCUGUUCUGCCCACGCAUUUGUGGUAUCCGCCAGUAGAGAUUGUUCGGUCAUAUUAUGGCACCAGUCUGAACUUUAUCUGAUUCGGCAGCUCCCAUUACAUCCUAGUCCUGUCUCAGCUGUUGCAGUGAAUGAUACGACGGUUCGCGUUUAUCCAACGAUUAGGGUGACAUCGCAACGUCUUGCUCAACAUUGCUACAUCUGUGGUCGAUUAAUGGUGAUCUAUUGGCAGUGGUUAACACCUGCGACUCUAAUCUUAUCAUGGAUCCAUCGCAGAUGAUU